UGCGAGCUCGUGGGUACUCGUGGGUCGCUCCCUCGCGCCACGAUCUCGCAUAUGACUCGGCUUAAUUCGGUUUAAUUCGGUUAUCCUCGCCUUCGCUCGGUAUUUUUCGACAUGACUUCCCGAGUGCGCGCUCUAGACUCACCACCCAAUAACGGCACUACCAACGGAACACUAAGCUUUUAGAAUCUAUUUUCUACUACCCUACGUCCUACACGGUUUACAAUAACAAUCUUUCACAAUUUACGAUUCUGAACAUUAUUUUUUCAUACGUAUGUACGCAUGUAUUCCAGUUAAUCGGUAAAUUGACCGUAAGCACUUUACGGAAAAUAUUCUAGUCAUGAUUAGUUCUAUCGACGAUCGCGCAAUCGCACUUUUGUCCUGCUUUGCCGCCACUCGAAAGAAGGGAUCGAGCUGAAGUAGGUUGCAUGUGAAAAUAGAAUUGAUAGAUCUCUUACCAUAUUUAACAUCGAUGUGCCUUCCCACUCUCUUUUUUAUUGUUAAUCAAAUACCAUUAAUUCGAUGGUGGUUUGAGUAUUUAUUACUUUUUCUUUUUUUCAUUUUCUACGGAGUCAUAUCGAAAUAUUAUACAUUAGAAUUUUAAAUAAAACAUUAGUAAUUUGCAAUAAAAUAAAAAAAACGUUAAAGAAUGUUUGAUUGUUUGUACUAAUAUAAACGCGAUACAAACUAAUAUAAACUUUUACUUUGAACGUAUCGACUCUCAUGUAAGAUAUAUCGAAUACAAUCGAUAAUUAUCGAAGUACUACGGAGUAUGACGCAUCGCUAGUGUCGAGCAACUUUUGUUUGUAAAGUAGUGACAAUUAAUAUUUGUUUAUUUAUCGAUUAAUACAAACUUCUUCUAUAAUGGAAACAAAUGUAGAAUCGCAAGAAAAGUCUUUAAAAGAUAAACAAGUAGAAUGGAAGAAACGUUUACGGGAGCUUCACACGAAAAGGAAUGAAGCAAGACAAGAGAAUCACAAAGAAGUCGUUGAAGAGGAUAAGAGAAAUAAACUUCCAGCAAAUUGGGAAUCAAGAAAAAGACAAGCCGAAUGGAUAAUACAAGAUGAAGCGGCUAGGAAAAUUGCAGAAGAAAAGGGAGAAGAUUAUGAAAGAAUUAAAUUACUUCACAUAGAUGCAACGGAAGCAGAGCGCAUAGCAAGAAAAAAGAAAAAUAAGAAAAAUCCGGAUCCAGGCUUUUCAGAUUAUGAACAAGCUGCUGUUCGUCAAUAUAAUAGAUUAGUUAAAAAUAUUAAACCAAAUAUGGAAUCAUAUGAAGAACUCAAAGAAAAACUUGGACCUGCAUUUUAUGGGGAUAAAAAUACAAUUUUGCAUGGCCUUCAUGAAGAUAAGAAAGAAGCAAUUGAUAAAAUGGUUGACAAUUUGGAAAAACAGAUUGCUAAACGAGAGAGGUAUAGUAGAAGAAGAAUGCAUAAUGACGAUGCGGAUAUUGAUUAUAUUAAUGAACGUAAUGCUAAAUUCAAUGAAAAAUUAGAAAGAUUUUAUGGCGAAUAUACUCGUGAGACCAAACUCAAUUUAGAACGUGGCACAGCUAUUUAACUUCUUUUUUUUUAAUGUAUAUAACUAAUAAUUUGUGUUAUCUAUUUAUCAAAAAAAAAAAUAAUUAUAGAUAAAAGAUAUAUUGUUUAAAUAUA